AUGUUUACCAAUGAUAGGAGGCAAGAAGAGCGAACUGGAAGAUAUGGUACUUCAAGGCUACAAUACCUUCAGGAAGUGGUGACUCAAUUUCAGAGUACUACCAGUGAAGAAUCAAAAGAGAAGAUUGUUGCUAAUCUGGCGAACUUUGCUUAUGAUCCUUACAACUAUACCUAUUUGCGCCAGCUCAAUGUGGUGGAACUUUUUCUGGACCGCAUAACAGAACCAAAUGAGAAGCUUCUGGAAUUUGGGGUAGGCGGAAUCUGCAACUGUUGCCCUGAUCCAGCCAAUGCAGCAAUUGUCACCCAGAGUGGUGGGAUACCCCUUGUUAUUCAAUGUCUAUCAAGCCCUGUUAGCAAUCCGCCACUGCCUGUUAGAAACACCGUGAACUAUGCAAUUGGAUCACUAUAUUAUCUCUGCAACACAUCUAAUAAGGAAGAGAUUAUGAAGCCAGAAGUGGUUGACAUCAUGAAGAGAUAUGCCGCUGCUGAAGGAGCAAGUGUCAGCUUCAGUAAUCUAGCCAAGGCAUUUUUGGACAAACAUGUUUCUGAAAAUGAAAUUUGA